AGUAACCUGGUUACGGAGGCGCAGACCAGUAUCAGCGAAUCUCGCGUCCCUGAUUAUGGACCCGUCUCCCUCUCGUGCGGCGCAUGCGCCCAUUCGUUAAGACAGCACCGUAUGAUUUUUGCUUACUAUGAGCGGUGGUGUCUACGGCGGUGACGAAGUUGGUGCUAUUAUAUUUGACAUUGGUCACCAAAGCUUGCGGGUGGGAUAUGGGGGUGAGGAUUCUCCGAAAGCUGAGGUACCGACGAGCCUUGGUGUUUGGGAAGAUGCCGCGGAUCAGCAGCAGGAUAACCAAACGAACAAGAAACGAUUCAACAUUGAUACUACGGCUAUACAAGUCCGCAAGAAAGACAUGGAAAUAGUUAGCUUGAUGAAGGAUGGCAUGAUCGAAGAUUGGGACAUGUUUGAAAAGUUGGCUGAAUACACCUACAAAAAUCGGCUCCACGCUGUCGCUGAGCAUCACCCAAUCCUGAUGACGGAAUGCCCAUGGAACACCAGAUUCAAGCGUGAAAAGCUGUUGGAAUUAAUGUUCGAAAAGUUCAACGUGCCUGCAAUGUACAUUUGCAAAAACGCCGUCCUGGCAGCGUACGCAAACGGCAGAUCGACCGCAAUGGUCGUUGACAGUGGUGCGACUCAUACCAGCGCCGUCCCGGUUCACGACGGAUAUGUCAUCACCCAGGGGAUAGUGAAGAGUCCACUCGGCGGUGACUUCAUUACGAUGCAGUGCAAGCAGUUUCUCGAGGAAAAGGAUAUCGACUUGACACCAGCCUAUUUGGUCGCAUCUAAAGACGUCGUUCGAGAGCAGGAUCCACCGCGCUGGACUCGUCGUCCAGGUCCAGAGCCGACGACCAGCUGGCUGAAUCACAUGGUCCGGGAGCUUCUGCAGGACUUUCAAACCAACACGUUACAGAUAUCGGACGGCCCCUACGACGAGGACAUCGCGAAUUCGUUGCCGAUGAAGCGAUACGAGUUCCCAACUGGUUAUAACGACGACUUCGGCUCGGCUCGUCUCAUGAUACCGGAGGCGUUAUUCGACCCGAGUAACGUGAAGGGAGUUGGCGCCAGUAUUCUAGGAGUUGGUCCGUUGGUCACGACGAGCGUCGGGAUGUGCGACAUGGACAUUCGACCCAGUUUGUACGGCAGUGUCGUUGUAACGGGUGGCAACUCCUGCUUAGCGGGAUUUAGCGAUCGACUCAACAGAGAUCUGGUCAGCAAAACGCCACCGAGUAUGAGACUGAAGAUAAUAUGUGCCAAUAGCUCCAGCGAACGCCGAUACGGGGCUUGGAUCGGAGGUUCGAUUUUAAGUUCGCUCGGGUCGUUUCAACAGAUGUGGUUGUCACGUCAGGAAUACGAAGAGUCUGGUAAAUUAAUUUUAGACAGAUGUUCGUGAGAUUCAAUGUUGAAUUUCAACAAUUUUCAUACUGCAGAUAAUGGGUAUGACAUGUCGGAGAAUAUUAUAGUAUGAUCAUUUGAAAGUAAUUAAAAAACCUUAGAGUAUAUACAGGUAUACGAAGUAUAGGUCAUUUUACUCGAAUCAUCCAGUAGGUUUAUUGUAUUUAAGUACCCACGCUCUUCCUGAAAUAUUAUCAUAACUGUAAUCUAUACAACAAUUUUUAAUAAUAAAUUUAACAAUAUUGUACAACAAUAACAGAUGGAAAAUAAAAUUUACUAUCUCGCAUAAAAAUACCGUUCGUACAAACAUAUUGACGAUAAUAUUUUUCAGAGCUCUAUUUCUAUUCGCCUAUGUAUAUGCAAUCUGAUUGGUUUUUGAGUACGAAAAUCUCGUUUACAUAACAAGUACACCAAGUAUACAGGACAGA